AUGUCCUCCUUGACCACGUCCAUUCCCACCGGCUCCUGGAUCCUGGUAACUGGAGCCAGCGGCUUUCUCGCAUCCCACGUCUGCCUUGAAUUCCUCCAGCGCGGUUUCAGAGUCCGCGGUGCCGUUCGCGAUCCAAAUCAAUCUUCAUGGCUCUUGGACAGCGCUCGCCUCAAGCCAUACGCCGACCUCGGCACCAUCGAGCUCGUCUCCGUGCCCCAUCUCGGCGCGGACGGAGCCUACGACGAGGCAAUCAAAGGCGCUGCGGCCAUCAUCCACAUUGCCUACGUGACAAACAUCGUCCCUGAUCCCAACGAGGUCAUUACCCCCAUGGUAGCCGGCGUCCGCUCGAUUCUCACUGCCGCCAGCCGCGAGCCCUCGGUUCGCGAGGUCGUGUUUACUAGCAGCGCCCUUGCUGCCUCGCCGCUUGCGAGUGGUGUUGAUAACGGUGUCGUCGGGCGAGACUCUUGGAAUGAUGCUGUUCUCGAGGCUGCAUGGGCCGCACCGCCGCCGUAUGGCAUGGCCCAUGCCAUGGCCAACUACCCUGCGAGCAAGGUGGCCGCCGAGAAGGAAGUCUGGAGGUUUGUGGAGAGCAAUAAGGGCCUCCUCCACUUCAAUGUCAACGUCGUGUCUCCCGCGGGGAUUACUGGAGAACCCCUCCACAAGAAACAUAUUGAAGGGCCGGCCAAUUGGGUGGUCCACGCCUACCGGGGCAACAAGGCGGUCAUGGAUACUUUGCCAGCCACCUUCUACGCGGAUGUGAAAGACGUGGCGUUGCUCCAUGUGGCAGCCGCUCUGGAUCCAGAGGUCAAGAACGCGCGACUCCAGGCUUGGGGGCAUAGUGCGAAUUGGAAUGAGAUACUCGCUAUACUGCGCAAGCUUCACCCGCAGAAGAAGUUCGUGGAUGACUACCCAGAUCCGCACCAUCUGAGGGUCUCAAUCGAUCAAACGGAAUCUGUUGCGCUUCUCAACAAGUGGCGCCAUAGGCCCGGUAAGGGUGGAUGGACAUCUUUGGAGGACAGCAUCUUUGAAAACAUCAUGAAUCCUUACCUUGAAAUGGAGUAG